UCUGUUUAGGAAAUCAUUACCAUAUUGCUAAUGUGUGUAUUAGCAAGUUGAUAGUGAUGUUUAUGGGAAUAUUCAUACUUUUAUUGGCAACAUUCAAGUUGGCUGCUACUGAUAAAUGCGAAAGAAUAGAUUGGCUACAACCUUUCAGCAAUGCCAGUGAGUUUUUCUGCUACUCCAACGGAUGGUUUCCAGAUAAAACCGAUUAUGAUUGCCGUAGAUAUUUUGUUUGUAUAAAAAAUUCGGAAAAUUUUAUACGGAUUUACCUGUCAUGUCCGGUUGGGACAUAUUUCAAUCCUCAUGUUAUAAGCUGUACGAAAGAUUAUGUAUGCCCCUAUCAUCUAACUACAACAACCACGGCGACAACAAAUAGGACAACAACAGAAGAAAUGCAUCAAUCAAGAUUUUCAAAUUUGUGUUUAUACAGAACGAAUUUGAAUCAUUUCAAAUGCAAAACAAGCGGACGUUUUCCGAAUUACAACGAUCUUACUUGCGGUUCUUAUUUUCAUUGUAUCAAUGUCAUUUUCCCAAUUUUGAUUCUAAAAACUAAAUUGAAUUGUGGGCCUGCUACGUACUUCAAUCCUGAUACGAAACUAUGUGAAAUUGAUUAUGUAUGUCCUUGCAAUAAUAAUUUAACUACAAAUAAUGGUGAUUCGUUAUACUCAGAUACCACUAUGUCACUAUCUCCAGCGAUAAUUGAAUCUACAACUAUGUAUCAACCGUCUGUAGUGUCUACUACUAAUACGGAAACUGUUGCAAAACGUACUUCCUACUAUAUAACUGAAUCUACUUCUAUCGAUGAAUGUUCUUUCAAUUCUGAUCCAAAUUACUUCACCUGUACUGUUAAAGGUAGAUUCAGAAAUGCAAACGACAAGACUUGUCAAACUUAUUUCUUGUGUAACAUCCUGAGUAGUGGUCGUGUCAUACAAACCAAAUAUUCUUGUCCAACUAAUUCUUAUUUCAAUCCCGAAAAGCAACUUUGCGAUGCAGAUUAUGAUUGUCCUUGUUCUUCAUCAGAAACCACUACAACUGAAGCGAUCACGACACAAGAUAUGACUGAAAUCACCACAGAAAGUCUUAAAACCGACAUAAUAGAAGGAACUACAGCAGAAAUUAUUACUGAAGAUGAUAUUAAAACUACAAUAGGAAAUACGACGGAAUCUACCAGCACUUUGAAGGUUUCUACUGAAACUACGUCUAUUGAUGAAUGUUCUUUCAAUUCUGAUCCAAAUUACUUCACCUGUACUGUUAAAGGUAGAUUCAGAAAUGCAAACGACAAGACUUGUCAAACUUAUUUCUGGUGUUACAUUCUGAGUAGUGGUCGUGUCAUACAAACCAAAUAUUCUUGUCCAACUAAUUCUUAUUUCAAUCCCGAAAAGCAACUUUGCGAUGCAGAUUAUGAUUGUCCUUGUUCUUCAUCAGAAACCACUACAACUGAAGCGAUCACGACACAAGAAAUGACUGAAAUCACCACAGAAAGAGUUAAAACCGACAUAAUCGAAGGAACUACAGAAGAAAUUAUUACUGAAGAUGAUGAUAUCAAAACUACAAUAGGAAAUUCAACGGAAUCAACCAGCACUUUGGGGGUUUCUACUGAUACUACCUCUAUUGAUGAAUGUUCUUUCAAUUCUGAUCCAAAUUACUUCACGUGUACUGUUAAAGGUAGAUUCAGAAAUGCAAACGACAAGACUUGUCAAACUUAUUUCUGGUGUUACAUUCUGAGUAGUGGUCGUGUCAUACAAACCAAAUAUUCUUGUCCAACUAAUUCUUAUUUCAAUCCCGAAAAGCAACUUUGCGAUGCAGAUUAUGAUUGUCCUUGUUCUUCAUCAGAAACCACUACAACUGAAGCGAUCACGACACAAGAAAUGACUGAAAUCACCACAGAAAGAGUUAAAACCGACAUAAUCGAAGGAACUACAGAAGAAAUGAUUACUGAAGAUGAUGAUAUCAAAACUACAAUAGGAAAUUCAACGGAAUCAACCAGCACUUUGGGGGUUUCUACUGAUACUACGUCUAUUGAUGAAUGUUCUUUCAAUUCUGAUCCAAAUUACUUCACCUGUACUGUUAAAGGUAGAUUCAGAAAUGCAAACGACAAGACUUGUCAGACUUAUUUCUUGUGUAACAUCCUGAGUAGUGGUCGUGUCAUACAAACCAAAUAUUCUUGUCCAACUAAUUCUUAUUUCAAUCCCGAAAAGCAACUUUGCGAUGCAGAUUAUGAUUGUCCUUGUUCUUCAUCAGAAACUACAACAACGGAAGCGAUGACGACACAAGAAAUGACUGAAAUCACCACAGAAAGAGUUAAAACCGACAUAAUCGAAGGAACUACAGAAGAAAUGAUUACUGAAGAUGAUGAUAUCAAAACUACAAUAGGAAAUUCAACGGAAUCAACCAGCACUUUGGGGGUUUCUACUGAUACUACCUCUAUUGAUGAAUGUUCUUUCAAUUCUGAUCCAAAUUACUUCACCUGUACUGUUCAAGGUAGAUUCAGAAAUGCAAACGACAAGACUUGUCAAACUUAUUUCUGGUGUUACAUUCUGAGUAGUGGUCGUGUCAUACAAACCAAAUAUUCUUGUCCAACUAAUUCUUAUUUCAAUCCCGAAAAGCAACUUUGCGAUGCAGAUUAUGAUUGUCCUUGUUCUUCAUCAGAAACCACUACAACUGAAGCGAUCACGACACAAGAAAUGACUGAAAUCACCACAGAAAGAGUUAAAACCGACAUAAUCGAAGGAACUACAGAAGAAAUUAUUACUGAAGAUGAUGAUAUCAAAACUACAAUAGGAAAUUCAACGGAAUCAACCAGCACUUUGGGGGUUUCUACUGAUACUACCUCUAUUGAUGAAUGUUCUUUCAAUUCUGAUCCAAAUUACUUCACCUGUACUGUUCAAGGUAGAUUCAGAAAUGCAAACGACAAGACUUGUCAGACUUAUUUCUUGUGUAACAUCCUGAGUAGUGGUCGUGUCAUACAAACCAAAUAUUCUUGUCCAACUAAUUCUUAUUUCAAUCCCGAAAAGCAACUUUGCGAUGCAGAUUAUGAUUGUCCUUGUUCUUCAUCAGAAACUACAACAACGGAAGCGAUUACGACACAAGAAAUGACUGAAAUCACCACAGAAAGAGUUAAAACCGACAUAAUCGAAGGAACUACAGAAGAAAUGAUUACUGAAGAUGAUGAUAUCAAAACUACAAUAGGAAAUUCAACGGAAUCAACCAGCACUUUGGGGGUUUCUACUGAUACUACCUCUAUUGAUGAAUGUUCUUUCAAUUCUGAUCCAAAUUACUUCACGUGUACUGUUAAAGGUAGAUUCAGAAAUGCAAACGACAAGACUUGUCAGACUUAUUUCUUGUGUAACAUCCUGAGUAGUGGUCGUGUCAUACAAACCAAAUAUUCUUGUCCAACUAAUUCUUAUUUCAAUCCCGAAAAGCAACUUUGCGAUGCAGAUUAUGAUUGUCCUUGUUCUUCAUCAGAAACUACAACAACUGAAGCGAUCACGACACAAGAAAUGACUGAAAUCACCACAGAAAGAGUUAAAACCGACAUAAUCGAAGGAACUACAGAAGAAAUGAUUACUGAAGAUGAUGAUAUCAAAACUACAAUAGGAAAUUCAACGGAAUCAACCAGCACUUUGGGGGUUUCUACUGAUACUACCUCUAUUGAUGAAUGUUCUUUCAAUUCUGAUCCAAAUUACUUCACCUGUACUGUUCAAGGUAGAUUCAGAAAUGCAAACGACAAGACUUGUCAGACUUAUUUCUUGUGUAACAUCCUGAGUAGUGGUCGUGUCAUACAAACCAAAUAUUCUUGUCCAACUAAUUCUUAUUUCAAUCCCGAAAAGCAACUUUGCGAUGCAGAUUAUGAUUGUCCUUGUUCUUCAUCAGAAACUACAACAACGGAAGCGAUGACGACACAAGAAAUGACUGAAAUCACCACAGAAAGAGUUAAAACCGACAUAAUCGAAGGAACUACAGAAGAAAUGAUUACUGAAGAUGAUGAUAUCAAAACUACAAUAGGAAAUUCAACGGAAUCAACCAGCACUUUGGGGGUUUCUACUGAUACUACCUCUAUUGAUGAAUGUUCUUUCAAUUCUGAUCCAAAUUACUUCACCUGUACUGUUCAAGGUAGAUUCAGAAAUGCAAACGACAAGACUUGUCAGACUUAUUUCUUGUGUAACAUCCUGAGUAGUGGUCGUGUCAUACAAACCAAAUAUUCUUGUCCAACUAAUUCUUAUUUCAAUCCCGAAAAGCAACUUUGCGAUGCAGAUUAUGAUUGUCCUUGUUCUUCAUCAGAAACCACUACAACUGAAGCGAUCACGACACAAGAAAUGACUGAAAUCACCACAGAAAGAGUUAAAACCGACAUAAUCGAAGGAACUACAGAAGAAAUGAUUACUGAAGAUGAUGAUAUCAAAACUACAAUAGGAAAUUCAACGGAAUCAACCAGCACUUUGGGGGUUUCUACUGAUACUACCUCUAUUGAUGAAUGUUCUUUCAAUUCUGAUCCAAAUUACUUCACGUGUACUGUUAAAGGUAGAUUCAGAAAUGCAAACGACAAGACUUGUCAAACUUAUUUCUGGUGUUACAUUCUGAGUAGUGGUCGUGUCAUACAAACCAAAUAUUCUUGUCCAACUAAUUCUUAUUUCAAUCCCGAAAAGCAACUUUGCGAUGCAGAUUAUGAUUGUCCUUGUUCUUCAUCAGAAACCACUACAACUGAAGCGAUCACGACACAAGAAAUGACUGAAAUCACCACAGAAAGAGUUAAAACCGACAUAAUCGAAGGAACUACAGAAGAAAUUAUUACUGAAGAUGAUGAUAUCAAAACUACAAUAGGAAAUUCAACGGAAUCAACCAGCACUUUGGGGGUUUCUACUGAUACUACCUCUAUUGAUGAAUGUUCUUUCAAUUCUGAUCCAAAUUACUUCACCUGUACUGUUCAAGGUAGAUUCAGAAAUGCAAACGACAAGACUUGUCAGACUUAUUUCUUGUGUAACAUCCUGAGUAGUGGUCGUGUCAUACAAACCAAAUAUUCUUGUCCAACUAAUUCUUAUUUCAAUCCCGAAAAGCAACUUUGCGAUGCAGAUUAUGAUUGUCCUUGUUCUUCAUCAGAAACUACAACAACGGAAGCGAUUACGACACAAGAAAUGACUGAAAUCACCACAGAAAGAGUUAAAACCGACAUAAUCGAAGGAACUACAGAAGAAAUGAUUACUGAAGAUGAUGAUAUCAAAACUACAAUAGGAAAUUCAACGGAAUCAACCAGCACUUUGGGGGUUUCUACUGAUACUACCUCUAUUGAUGAAUGUUCUUUCAAUUCUGAUCCAAAUUACUUCACGUGUACUGUUAAAGGUAGAUUCAGAAAUGCAAACGACAAGACUUGUCAAACUUAUUUCUUGUGUAACAUCCUGAGUAGUGGUCGUGUCAUACAAACCAAAUAUUCUUGUCCAACUAAUUCUUAUUUCAAUCCCGAAAAGCAACUUUGCGAUGCAGAUUAUGAUUGUCCUUGUUCUUCAUCAGAAACUACAACAACGGAAGCGAUUACGACACAAGAAAUGACUGAAAUCACCACAGAAAGAGUUAAAACCGACAUAAUCGAAGGAACUACAGAAGAAAUGAUUACUGAAGAUGAUGAUAUCAAAACUACAAUAGGAAAUUCAACGGAAUCAACCAGCACUUUGGGGGUUUCUACUGAUACUACCUCUAUUGAUGAAUGUUCUUUCAAUUCUGAUCCAAAUUACUUCACGUGUACUGUUAAAGGUAGAUUCAGAAAUGCAAACGACAAGACUUGUCAAACUUAUUUCUGGUGUUACAUUCUGAGUAGUGGUCGUGUCAUACAAACCAAAUAUUCUUGUCCAACUAAUUCUUAUUUCAAUCCCGAAAAGCAACUUUGCGAUGCAGAUUAUGAUUGUCCUUGUUCUUCAUCAGAAACCACUACAACUGAAGCGAUCACGACACAAGAAAUGACUGAAAUCACCACAGAAAGAAUGAUGAUAUCAAAACUACAAUAG